AUGGAGAAAAACCCUGGGGAAGUCGGCAUCAUCGGCUUCAAUGCCGAACCCGGGGCAUAUGUUCCAAUCGCUGAACAUUCGGGGUAUUCUCGUGAGGAGACCCGAAACCUGGAGGUUGCGGAGAGCGUACAUGAUCAUCAGACUACCCAGCAUCGUUCACGACUUGAACUCCCAAGGAACACGCAACGCGCCCUGACUACCAGGUCACGCACCAUGGCGACCAUUUUCCCGAACAACUUAUAUCGGUCGCGAGAGGAAAACUCCUUGUGCAAGGCAUUCGGCAUCAAGCUCGUCACAUCAGCUGCAGUGGUUCAGAUCGCGAGUCAGGCUGGUUUCGACUCGCUCUUUAUUGAUCUGGAACACUCGACUCUGUCUCUGAAUGACGCAAGUCAACUCUGCACCGCAGGUCUCUUGGCAGGCAUCACGCCUUUCGUUCGGGUCCCAUACCAAUGCGGAGACGGUUUCGUGCAGAGAGUCUUAGAUGGAGGUGCAAUGGGUGUGGUCUUUCCGCACGUCAGCAGUCGAGUUGAGGCUGAAGCAGCUGUCUCGAUAUCUAAGUAUCCGCCUCAGGGCAAACGAUCAAUGACCGGCCAACUACCUCAAUUUGCUAUGGUCCUACAGACGGCACCGAAAGUAACGGGUCCCAGUAACGACAUCGGAUCAACUGUCUUUGUCAUGAUCGAAACGAGAGAGGGUAUCGAUAACCUCGACGAUAUUGCUUCGGUCAAAGGUGUGGAUGUGCUGUUAGUAGGGGCAAAUGAUCUGUCCAUUGAACUAGGCAUGCCGGCAGACUUUGAGAAUGAAACUUUCCAGGCUGCUCUCAAGCGGAUAAGUGAUGCAUGCAAGAAGCACGGCAAAAUCAUGGGGCUCGCUGGCAUUUAUGAUCGACCUAAACUGCAGAAGUGGGCUAUCAGUGACCUGGGCGUUGGGUUUAUGCUUGGUCAACAGGACGCUAGUUUUAUCACGAAAGGGGCAAAGCAAUGUGUUGAGGAUCUGAAGGCGUUGCAAGAACCGGCAUGA